GUACUGUAGGCGCAUCUUUCACUCGUAUCAUGGCGACAAGAGAACAAUACUAUCCUUUUCAUUUAAUUCACACUGUUUGCAUUCAUCUCCUAAGAAACUGAAUGCAACAAUAAAAGCAGCGAAGAUGAUUCAACAAUCGUUUCAUGCAAGAAUGAAAGCUCGCAGCACAAGUCAUCAAUCUCGCUCGAUGAUGGAAUAGAAGUUAAAAAUUAUCUAGUUAGAAAUGGGAUCAAAAUCCGUUUCCAAAGUUGUAGCAAAGAAAUUAAAAUAUUAUGUUGACGUUAAGCGGAGAGAAGAUGCAUUUGAUUUGUCGGGACCUUAUCAACCAACACAAGAGCCUGUACCCAAACGACCGGGUCCGACUCUUGCAUACGAUGGUCUACAUGAUAGAAGUCUCAAACAUUAUUUCCACAACGUCAAAGUGAAAGGACAAGUGAGCAAGAUGCUGGUACCCUCCAUGUCGUCUUUUCGCGAGACCAAAAUCCGUCGUGCGCUAGACGUGGAGAUGUCCAAGCGUGACUAUAAACUCGGCGCUAGUACCCAGUCUCCCUAUAUGGACAGUGGCAGGAAACCCAAAACCCUUCCGCGUGAUCGGCCCCAGGCCCUUAUCAGUGUUGAUGAGUAUUUGCAGACGAAAAGAGGAUCCACGCAAAGAAAACAUAAAGCGAACAUUGUGGGCAAACCGCGCCAUGUUGAACGUAGAUCGCCACCUCAGUUCGUGGGCAAGAAUGAGCAUGUGCGUUUGGUAAACACCGCUGCAAGAUUGCUGGCGGCCACCGAAAAGGCUGCCUUGCCUGGAAAUCGCUAUCAGCAAACUACCGAAACAUCAACAAAUGAAAACUCCCAAUUCGAUAUUCAAAGCUAUACUGGAGAAAGUACAGAUACGGACUCACGAAGACAUGGACGACUGCCAUCACGUGGUGGUUUUUCAGCGCCUCGUUGGACCCCUCCACGAGGGUCUCCACUCGUUGAUUAUGGAGCAAAUAACAAACGGAAGAACUCGAAAUCAUCAAGCAACUCUGUGAAGUCUGAUACAAGUGCGACAAUAAGCCAUUUAAAUCAAAGAAAGACAUUGAAGAAGAAAGAAAUUACGUCAACAUUGAGGUCAAGGCCAUUGACCGCUGAUGUUAUUGCUCGUGGGCCACGAUUAGAGUCUAGUAUUCGGCAUACAUCUUCUAGACCUCGUAGUGAACCUGUUAAAAACAAUGCUUCCUUCAUUAAAGCAUUGACCUAUAAGGUGUACGUGUUCACGGGAGAUUAUGAAGGAGCGGGGACUAAGGCGGACAUCCGGCUUACCUUAUUUGGAGAAUACGGAAGUUCUGGUGAACGAUUGCUUCUCUUGUCAAUGAAUCAUUCUCGAAAGUUUCGCCGAGGACAGGUCGAUGUAUUUCAUCUGGACUCGGUGUUCCUUGGAGACUUGGAAAACAUUCGCAUAGGUCAUUCCAAGACAUCCCCAGAGUACGGCUGGUAUUUGGAGAAGAUCUAUAUUACUGAUGCAGGAAACGAAGAAGAACCUGGAGUUUUUGAGUUCCAAUGCAAGAGAUGGUUUUCAUCGCAAAAGGACGACGGGCAAAUAUUACGUGAUAUUUCUGUGUCUGGUUUAGUCUCCGUGUCUGAAUUGAACAGAAUAAUCAACGACUACGGAAAACAUGCGCCGAGUUCCGAUGAUGAAGAAUCGAGUACCAGCUAUAGCUCAUCCUCUAGCGGCGAUGAAAGGCAUGAUGGCGAGGGAUCUGGUAAAGAACGUGCGAUAACGCAUGAAGGAAGGCAAUCGUCAGACGAGGAGGAAACAAAUAAAAAACACGAAAGUGGAAAGAAAAUAGUUUCAUUUAAAGGGGAAAAGACGAAGGAGAGAUGGAAGCAUGGUGUUGAGAAUUGGAAAACGCAAAAACCCGUAAAGAUUGAAUCGGAGAGGUCCCACAACUCGUCCGAAAUUUCAGAACCUGAAAAUUCAACAGAGGAUGACGAGAAGUACAGUUCCGAGGGAUCGGAUGACGGAAGCUUGAAGACAAAAUUUGCAGAAGUUCGUCGUCCAGAGGAAGGGACGAAGACUGAGAGUUCCAACAGUCAAAAUGCUGAGGUCGAAAGCACGAAAGAAGAUGAUGAUUUUUGGUCUGUGAAAUCAGAUAAAAAUGAGCCAAUACAUCAUGACCUUGGAGUUGAAAAGAAGAAGAAACCUGAGCUCGAGAUGAACUCUGCUCUGCCUAUCUUUGAAAGUAGUUCUCAUCAAUCGUCUCCCUCCAGCUCUGAUCUUGACGAGCUAACGGAUGUAAAUGAACUGGCAGAAGGACGCAGCGAGCUCAAGAAGGAAACAGAUAAAACAAAAUGGUAUGAAGACGAUAGUGGAAGUAAAAAAGAAGGUGAAAUGACCGCAAAGGAUGAUAGCAAAAAUGAUGAAUCAUCAAACAAAGAUUAUAUGGCGGGCUUUAUGGCUGGCGUUCGAGCGAGUGAGGAUGAAAAGGAAUCAGUUGAAAAAACAGCUAAAGACGAUACUUCUGAGCGUGAGUCUGUCGUUGAUGAUGAAGAUGACGAAGAAGAGUUUGUAUCAAAGAAAGAUUCCUCUCUUCACUUUGCCGUAUCCAUUGGCAACUUGGACAGAGUUCGAAUGCUCAUUCAGCACGAUCCAUCAUUGAAAGACCAAACGGAUGAAAAGGGUUGGAUCCCAUUACACAUCGCCUGUUCUCGUGGUCAACUUGAAUGUGUUAAACUUCUUGCUACAUUCAGCGACCAUAACCUGGAACAAGAGACACCGACGGGAUAUACCAGCAUGCAUCUUGCUGCAAUGAAUGGUCACGUGAACUGCAUGAUGGUGUUAUAUGCUCUCGGUGCCGGGAUAAGCUGUCGUACUAUUGACGAAUACACACCGUUACAUCUAGCUGCAAUGAGUGGACACGUUGAAUGCGUGAAAUGGCUGCUCGCAAACCGAGCGAAAUAUGACGUCACCGACGUUAAUGGUCGAACCCCCUGUGACAUUGCUGAGGAAUACUGUUAUGACGAUGUGGCAAAUUUUUUGAAGCUGUUCAAAAAUGAAUUGAAGAAACACGACAGUACAUUGUCACAUCUCAUGACGUAUGAAGGAAGGAGGCAGAAAAACACGGAAUUGACUGCGGACGAAGGAGAGAGCGGGCCUUCGCGAGCAAUUGAUAAAAUUACUGGAGGUUCAGCGAACCGCGAGGAAAAAUGGAUUAGUGACGACGAUCUUGAGGAUAACGAAACAGGCGAUUCCAACGGCAUUUCUGAUAAACGAUUGGUGACUGGUUCACGGCCCGCAUCCGCCCGUCGAUUGGGUGCCUCUCGAACUGAUAAUGGCGUUCCCUCGUCUAGUAAAAGAGAUACCGCAACCAAAGAGGAAAAACAGAAAAUGUACGAAAAUCAGCGGCAAAAGAUGAAAAAAAGAAAUUCAAGUUUCCUCGACAGUAUAAGAAUGGACGUUGAAGACGAAUUUUUUUGAGUUAUUUAAAGAUUAAUGCGUGUAUCAAUUGGUAUUCCCAAAUUUUCAUUGAAAAUUCAUUAAUCUAAUUGUUCGAGUGGGGAAAAAAACAAAUUGACCUUGUAUAUUUUAAAUUUAAUACAGAAAGCACAAGGUUUUUGAAGUCAAGCCUGGUGCUUGAAUAUAAAUUCCCCUUUCGAAAAUUAUGCUGUCAUUUAGGAAAAGGCUAUCAUAGUUGGCUUGCUUGUUUAUGGUGAGUAACUUUCGUGUUGUAGACGAUUAUCUCUUGUGCUCGCAGUUAUUAAUUCACUGGCAUGAUGAAUUCGUUAUUUUCUACUUAAUAUGAUGUCUUGGUGUAGUUAUUUCUGCCCUAUGGCGAAGAUUAAGUAUUAAUGUCGGCUUCUUAACAUGUUCAUUUGUUUUCAUUAUAUCCUAUAUCAUAAAGCUGUUUUAUGAAUUAGUUAAAAUUACACAACACUUUUUAUUAAAUUUUAAUAUUUUUUCCAUUUCUGCAAUAAACAUUUCGUGUCGGCAUUGAAGCAGGUAGACAACUGAAAUUAUCAUCUCCGCGACGUCAUGUUGUGCUUUUGAAAUGAGUUCACUCUUCCCAGACCUCCACGCAUCUAUGUUUAGUAUUUGGAAAUCGAAUCUUGUUAUUUCAUUUAUUAAAGCAUUUUAGUAUUAGACCAAAUUAAAAGUAUUACCGUUUGAUGAAAUUCAGAAGAGUUUCCUAUCAGUUUAUAAAAUUACACUGCAAUUAUUGCAUUUCUAAAUUUCCUUAGUGCAUCAAAUUGAGACAAUUCCAUCACAACCGUCUACGCGUUUGUUUUGAGACAGUUGCUCAAACCUCACGUAUCUAGAACGGUAGAACCUUUUAUUUUGUGUUGCAAAAUCUAAUAAAUCAACCAUUUUUAUUCUCUGUGGGUGAACUGCGAAUAAAGCUUCAACAAUUCUUUGGUAAAUUUUCACUGUCUUCAGGCAAAAUGAAAUAUGAGAAAAAAAAUUUGAGAACAUUCAACAUGGUUUGAUGACACAUUCUGAGUUUCAACAUAUAAUUCUUUGUGUAGUAAGCUGAGUUUUGCUACAAUUCUAGAAUAUCUUUUGGUUUAGCAGGGAGUUUGUCUCACAGCCUGCUCUCUGCACACACGAAGCGUUUGAUAAUAAAUGAAUGUUGAAGUGAACGCUAGUAAAUAGAACUUUUAAAGUAGACGUCAUAACCGCCAUGUUGGUGACAUUGCUGCACAAGUUGAAAUAAACUUAAUGAAGUUUUGCUUAAAACACCAAUAUGGCCGCUUCUUAAUUUGCUUCUGUUUUGAUAUAUUGACUCGUUAAAGAACAAAAAACUUCACAAACAACAUAUAUUAUAUAUCUUUGACAAGCAAACAUGACACUGAUUUGUUAGUCAACCGCAA